AUGUUGUUUAAAGACCCCUAUUCGAGGAUAAUUAAGGAACGUACAAACAAAAUCAUCAAACGACCACAACACAACAUCGAACUAGCGAUCAAUACUAAUCUUACGUCUGACCCGAAACAAGUAGCAAACGCGUUCAAUGCAUUUUUUGCAUCCGUCGGGCGAGUCACCGGGGGAGAGGAGCCGCGCGGGCGGCCGGGUCCACGCACACUCAACACCAUGUACCUGCGACCGGUCGAGCCGCACGAAAUAAAGGCGAUCAUACGAAACUUGAAAAAUAAAAGUAGUUACGGCAUCGACGAAUUACCGCCUAAAUUAAUUAAAAGCUGUGCCGAUGAAUUGACCUUACCGUAUUAUUUGCUUGUUAAUCAGUCGUUUACUGAUGGAAUAUUCCCUGACCAACUAAAGACUUCUAUUAUUAAGCCGAUUCAUAAAAAAGGUGCUAAGUCAGAUCCCAAUAAUUACAGGCCUAUUGCCCUACUACCGACUUCGUCAAAGAUCUUCGAACUAGCGAUGUGCAAACGCCUGAACUCAUUUUGCGAAAAAUACUCCAUCUUUAAUGAAAGCCAGAAUGGUUUCCGACGAAACCGUUCAACUUUAACAAUGGAUGUAAAGAAUUUGGAGACGUAUGCCAUAAUUGGGUUUGAUGGUUCCGCGAUUCGUGGCCUGAAAGUGCACCCCGACGGCAACCACGUCAUCUACCCGAUGGGUAAUAAGGUCUGCAUCCAGCACUGGACCAGCAAGCAGAUGUGGUUCCUGAGCGGACACACCAACAGCGUGUCGGCGGUGGGUGUGUCCAGCGGCGGGCGAUACAUCGGAUCGGGUCAGAUCAACCAUGUAGGAUUCAAGGCCCCUGCCAAGCUGUGGGACUUUAAGAAGAAGACAUUACUCGGAAGCCAUGAACUGCAUAAGGUCCGCGUGGAAGCCCUAAUGUUCUCUUCGGAUGAGCGCUACAUGAUCUCCCUAGGCGGCAGAGAUGACGGCUGCGUAGUCAUUUGGGACUGCGCCGCAGGCGCGGCGACAGGCACGGCGUCUGCUGCACGACUGACUACUGGGGAUGCGGUUACUCUUACUGCGUUGUCGUGCCGGCCUAACUCGUUCGUUACUGGCGGGGACUCAAACCUUCGCGUAUGGAACAUACGCGCCCAAAGCAAGAUGCUGGACGUGGUGGACGUGGCGCUCGGCAAGCUGAGGAGAAGCGUUCGUUGUAUCGCAGUCAGUGGCGACGACCACUACGCCAUUGCGGGGACCACGACGGGAGACAUGGUGAAAUUCUCCAUCAAAUAUCCUUCUGACCCAAGAGCAGACGUGGCGGACUGCAAGCCGGCCCUUAUAGGUUGUUUGGCUAAAUGUGGACCUUGGAGGAAAGGGAAGCGACCGGAGGCUCAGUGUUACAGCCAAGGGGUGGAGGCAAUCCUCAUAAUGUCGGACGGGUGCUUAAUUGUCGGUGCAGGAGAUGGUACCAUAGAAAUCCUAGACGAGAUCAACUGGAAGGGGGAGUUCCCUAAGGGCAGACUGCUAGACCCCACCAUGCCCUACUUUAAAGCGCUCCGCUCCGCGAAGCUCCCCGGCCGCAUCACCUCCCUAGAGCUCAUGGAAUCCCCCAGCCAACGCGGAGCCGCGCGCAAACUGCUAGCGGCCACGCGUACCAGCGAGAUAUACGCGCUCAACAUAGACACGCUAGCGCCCGUGCUGUGCGUGACGUGCCACCGCUGCACUAUCAAUGAUAUAGCUUUCCCUAGGGGCAUGUCAGGUGUGUUCGCGACGGCGGGCUCGGGCGACGUCCGCGUGUGGUGCCUCGAGACCUGCCUGGAGCUGCUGCGUAUCUCCGUUCCCAACUUCACGUGCAGCUCUGUGCUGUUUAGUGGUGACGGCAAGUCCAUUGUCUCUGCUUGGAACGACGGAACAAUCCGCGCCUUCACCCCGCUCACGGGCCGGCUGAUGUACGCCAUAUUCAACACCCACAACAAGGGCACGUCGGCGCUGGCGAUGAACUCUAGCGGCACUACGCUUAUCUCCGGGGGAUGUGAGGGGCAGGUCCGCGUAUGGGACAUAAAACCCGAGAAGCAGAUGUUGAAGAAGGUGCUGAAAGAGCACAAGAGCCCAGUGUCAGCCAUCCAAGUGUCGCCCAACGAUUGCGAGGCCGUCAGCGCUGGCACAGACGGCUCGUGUAUCAUUUGGGACCUGAUGUCGCUAUCCCGCCGGCAAGUGAUGUACGCGAGCACGCUGUUCAUGUGUGUGUGCUUCGAGCCGCAGGGCUGCCAGCUGCUGACGGGCGGCACGGACCGCCGCGUCGCCUACUGGGAGGCGGGCAGCGGGAACCUGGCCAGAGAGUUGGAGGCGAGCAAAGUCGGAGCAGUCAACGGGCUCGACAUAUCGUGCGAUGGUCAGCUCUUCGUCACUGGCUGUAACGACCAGAUCGUCAAGAUCUGGAAAUACCAGGAGGGCAUCUACACGCACAUGGGACUAGGGCAUGCUGGGGCAGUGACUUGUGCUAAGUUCUCGCCGGACCGACGGUUCGUCGUGAGCGCCUGUGCUGCCGGCAGUAUCAUCGUGUGGAGGACGCCCGAGAUAUAUUUACAAUCAGAGAAGCGGUCGCAGCCAUCAUCAGCCAAGCAAACCCAGGACCAAGAGGGGCAGAAGAAACCUCAGAGCCUUGAAGACGAGCUGAGACUGCCGCUCUCGGAUAAACCAGAGCAGGAGAAAAAGAAGGCGGCAGGGGACCGGCAGCAUAGGUUGCCCGCGGCACCUUCUAAGAUAGAGAAGAUAGAGGCGAUGGACACGACGCGCAGCAGCGUGCACUCGUGCUGCCCGUGCGACACGGGGCGCUCCACCCCGGCCGGCGCCGGCGCCGCGCGCGGCCCGCCCGCGCCCGCGCCCGGCAACAAGCGCAGGCCCGCAGACAAAACGAAUAACUUACCAACGAAGACGACGAGCAAAGAAUUCAUCAAUAGCGGCGGGGGCGAUAGAAAAUAACUAUUUGCCUGCCAAUUAGUGCGAAAUCUUUAGUUUAACAUGUUCACUGCCAGGAACCCGCCUAGUGGGCGCUCGUAACUUUUGCUCAGAAGCAAGAGUUGCCAGACAACCCACUAUAAGCGGGUUGCUGCUGGUAGCUAUAGAUAUAGCUACGCCAAAGAGCCUACCUAACAUAUGACUGGAAAUCGUAUAAAUCCUGUUUUUUUUUUGUCUGGCAGUGACGAAUGUGUUAAUUUUAGCCAGAAUAGAUCUGACAAUAUUUAAUCAAACAGACUGAAGUGUAUUAUUAUCGGCUUAUUUAUAUAUG